UUCCUGUAGCGAAUCAGUGUUUUAAGGUCCCUUUAAGAACCACUAGCAAAAGUACUGGUAAAAGCAGGAGCGUGACAAAAUUCGUUGAUAAGGUUUGCUCUGCUACUUAAAAAGCGCAUAGAGGAAAAGCAAAUAAAAGUCUAAAAUUAAUUAAUCUACAACCAAAAUAAAUCCAAAACAUUAUCCACAGAGUGUGUGGAGAGGGAAGAGCAGGGAAGAAAAGGAUGUGGAUAGGAAAGGGUGGGAUAAGAAAAGGUAAAGAAGACCCUCCCGCUGAGGCACAAGGUUCAGAGUAGAUCUUCUUUAAGAGACCUUAAAACACUCAUCUGCUGUGCCUCCGGGUGCCAGCCACCUCCUCUGCCCUCUGGGGAGCUGUUUUACUGCUGGCCUUGACUGCAGAGGGAAAGAGUAGAUAGUGAAAAGCCCCUCAGGGCAGCAGAUGCUGCCUGUUCCUACUUCCCUUUUGCCUCAUUACAGUGCAGUACCAUCCAUAGCUGGUGCUUGCCCUCAUCCCCCUCAGGAAGUUGCAAAGAUUGGCUAUGGAUUCUCCAAGAAGGAGAAAAGGUGUUUCAAGAUUUUUCCUGGUCUAAUACUGUUGCCUGUGCCAACAGCACUGGCUCAGGUUGACCGUGAAAAGAUCUACCAAUGGAUCAAUGAGCUGUCCAGCCCCGAGACACGGGAGAAUGCACUGCUGGAGCUAAGCAAGAAGCGCGAGUCUGUGCCUGACCUCGCUCCAAUGCUGUGGCACUCAUUUGGCACAAUUGCAGCACUCCUUCAGGAAAUUGUAAAUAUUUACCCAUCAAUCAACCCUCCGACUUUGACAGCCCAUCAGUCCAACAGAGUCUGCAAUGCUUUAGCUCUACUACAGUGUGUUGCAUCACACCCUGAAACGAGAUCAGCUUUUCUGGCAGCUCAUAUUCCUCUCUUCCUGUACCCCUUCCUGCACACAGUCAGCAAGACACGUCCGUUCGAGUACCUGCGGCUCACAAGCCUCGGAGUCAUUGGGGCCUUGGUGAAAACUGACGAGCAAGAAGUGAUAAAUUUCUUAUUGACAACAGAAAUUAUCCCCCUGUGCUUACGUAUUAUGGAGUCUGGAAGUGAGCUCUCCAAAACGGUUGCUACGUUUAUUCUUCAGAAAAUCCUCCUGGAUGACACAGGGCUGGCAUAUAUCUGUCAGACUUAUGAGCGGUUUUCCCAUGUUGCCAUGAUACUGGGUAAAAUGGUCCUGCAGCUCUCCAAGGAGCCAUCGGCACGGCUGCUGAAACAUGUUGUCCGCUGCUAUCUUCGCCUUUCUGAUAACCCCAGAUGUAGGGCACGUGAAGCUCUCAGGCAGUGCCUUCCUGACCAGCUGAAGGACACCACCUUCGCCCAGGUCCUGAAGGAUGACACCACCACAAAACGCUGGCUGGCUCAGCUUGUCAAGAACCUGCAAGAGGGUCAAGUCACUGACCCACGGGGCAUCCCUCUUCCUCCGCAAUGACUGCUGGGGGAGGUGGGGCACUGGGGAAGAAACAGCUCAGGUUUACAAAGAACCAGGAACAGGUGACCUCUUCUGCAACAAACUGGGCACGCCAGCUGGCUGCCGGCCUGUCGGACCAUCCCACCCAGCCAAAGGGCUGCUCUGUAGCGGUGCAGCAAGCCUCCGGGGAUCCCAACACCAGCAAAUGCUGAUACUACAGCUUCAAAGAAAAAAUCAAUAAAAACAAUCUGUAUAGAUCCCAGUCUCUCCGGGAGGCUUGGGUGGCAUCUCUUCCCCCACCUCCAGGCAGGGGGUAGUGCAGAUGUCCACUCUUCCAGCAAACUCAGCCUCCGCCCUAGUGGUGCAUGACAGCAGGUAUGCGCGCCACAUCCCUCCAGUUCCUUGUCACUUCUUGUUUACAUGUCUGUUUAGAUGAGUGAACUGAAUAAAAGCUGAUCCAGUUUUA